AGUUUUAUAUUUUUAACAUAUUGUUUCUUAAUUUUCCAGAUGUAACCAUUUCUAUGAAACACAUGGAUAUUCAAGAAACGUCAACUGCAACUGACAUAGAGAUGUCCAUAAGGCUAGGAACGUCCACUGCAACUGACAUAGAGCCGUCUAUAACGUCAGAAACGCCGACUGCAACUGACAUAGAGCAAAUUAUAAUGUCAGAAACAUCAACUGCAACUUUCAUGGAGAAGUCUGUAAGGCCAGAAACGUCAACUGCAACUGACAUAGAGCCAUCUAUAAUAUCAGAAAUGCCAACUGCAACUGACAUAGAGCCAUCCAUAAUGCCUGAUUUGUCUGAACAAUUUGAAGAUGUACAAGAAAUUGAAGAUGUACACCACAGAAAGGAACAUGUUAAAAUGUCAACGAGUUUAAGAACACAAGAGGAAGACCAGAAGAAGGAAAUAGAUAAGAUGAAUAGAGAGCUAGCACUUCCAGAGGACCUCGGUGAAAGGGUGCUUGAAUAUACGUCAACGAAAAAACCCGGCAAAGGAAAUGAGCUAUCUGUAAAGAUAUACGAUUUUGCAGGCCAGCAGGUUUAUGCUUCAACACAUCAGGUAUUUUUGGCAUCAAAAGCUGUUUAUAUUCUUGCAUUCAAUCUUUUGGAUGACUUAGAUUCAAAUCUCAAACAUGAGCAUGUCCAAUACAGUGAUCAGACUCGCUUCGAUAAGGUGAAGAUGAAGUUAAAACUAAAGAGUUCAUCAAAGACAGUAGAGCUUGAAGAGACAAAUCUUGAACGGCUUCAUUUUUGGCUGAAGUCAAUACAUGCAAAUGGAAAAGUAAGUGGACAAGCAGCAGGUCAACAGCAACUGUCACCACCUGUAUUCAUUGUUGGAACACACAUGAAAAAAUUAUCUGGAAACAAAAAAGGAAGAGAAAAGAAGCUUAAACAGAUUGAGGAGAAGAUAUUUUUGUCAUUGAAAAAUACUCCUUAUCAACGUCAUGUUGUUACAAAACUGUUUGCCGUUGAAAACAGUUUAGAUGAAGACAGUGGAAUUUCAGAACUUAGAAGUCACUUGGAAGAGGUUUGCCUUGCUGAGCCCUACAUGGAUUUUCUUACCCCAGUAACCUGGCUGAAAUUGCUUGCAGAUCUAGAGGAGAAGCGAAAUGAAGGAAAGCACUGUCUUAAGCUAGAAGAGGUGAAGGCCUUGGCUGAGGAAUGCAAAAUCAAGGGAAGUAUCCACAUUGUUUUGAACUUCUUUCAAGAUAUCGGAGAGGUUGUUUAUUUUGGGAGAGAGGAAGAUCCUGACGGAAACCUUUUGAAAGAAAAUAUCAUUCUGGAUCCACAAUGGCUGGUUGACUUGUUUAGAACUGUCAUAACACACAUAAAUUUUGAUGAGCAACAUGCAGACUAUAAGAAUUCAUGGAGGAGGCUGAAAGAAGAAGGAAUCUUGCAGGAACGAUUAGCAGAUCGUUUGUGGAAGGAUGUUGGGGUGUCAAAGGAAUUCUUGUUUGAGAUUAUGAACCAGUUCUAUCUUAUUUGUGAGAAGAUGUGUUCAGAAAAGGAUGUAGGAUCUGAAUCAUCCGAAGCUGGAAGGCUAUUCCUUGUACCCUGUCUCUUCAAAGACUUCAAGUGUAAUCCUGAUGACCUUGUGGAAAAUAAGUUUCCUAUGAUACGUUUCUUCAUGGACUUCCAAGGGUUCCUUCCCAGCGGACUCUUCCAUAAGGCACUCGUUAGGAUUAUUGCCUGGUCUCAGGAUCAAGGAGGUCGUGAUCUGCCACUAUAUCGCAAGCGUGGAGAGUUCUAUGUAGAUCAUGCUCACGACAUGGUCUUGCAGUUAAGUCCACUUGACAAGUCUACGGUUGAGGUUAUGAUUCUGAGGGUUGAUGGAAAAGCACAGGAUCCUUGUAAAAGGAUUUGUAGAAAGGUGUACCAGUUACUAAAAGAUUGUUUUGGUGACAUCUGUACAAUAUGGGCGAAAGGUCUGAACUACCAAUUUGCUAUCGCAUGUGAUCAAUGUAAACGUGACAAACCACAUCUGCAUCCAUUUGAAGAUUGCCAAAAACCGAAAGUUCCUUGUUCCAAAUCCAAACGGAUGGAUGUGACUAAAUACCAGGAGAGCUUUCUGAAAGAAUAUUAUGAAUCUACUUGCCCAGAUUGCAGCCUUUGCAGAAGUGACCAAAGUCCUGCACGCCCAAUCGCAGCAGCAGCAAGUGCAAUUCCCAAGGAAACAGAGCAAUUAUCAGCUCCAGCCCAAAAAGAAGACGCUCAAGUGUCAACUCGAGGUAGGGAUUUGUAAUUGCUCUAAUGGUAUAUUUGAAAGAUGAGUAAAUCAUUCUAUAAUGUAAUUACUAAGGAUUUUUGUUAUAUUUUUUAUGAUAAAUCAUAUAGAAGUUCAGUAAAGUUGAAAUGCCUGUUGCAUCAUGGCCAAUAUUGCUACACAACAUUCUACUAUACCUAGUCUGUUGCCACUUAGCCUAUUGGUGGUAUCUGGUUUGUUGCUAGCUGGUUCUUUAAUA